AUGAUGCAUAUCGCCCUCAGUACCCUCUCUAGGCGCACAGCUGCGGCCGCGACGGCACAGGUUCGAUUCUGCUCUUCUUCCUCGUCGUCCUUCUCGUCCGCUCUGCUCAAGACCACUGCUACAUCGACAUCUCUCAGUACACCACCCUCGUCAUCUCCUCGUCUCCCGACGACCGGAUACUCGAAAUCAUCACCAGUGUUCAAGUCGAUGGAACAGCAGCAGAGGGGUAUGAAGGUGCGAUCGUCAGUCAAAAAGUUCUGCGAUGGCUGCUCGGUUGUUCGACGCAAGGGCAGGCUGUACGUGAUUUGCAGCAAAGAUCCCAAGCACAAACAGCGCCAAGGAUGA